AUGUCAGCAGACACCCGCCCAAUAUCCCCAACCCAAUUCGCCUCCGCCCUCCGCGACCUCUCCCUCCCAACCCUCCACCUCAAAGCCCUCGAGAUCCGCAACUCCAUCCUCCACCUCGAAUACUCAAACGCCCAGCUCGCCCCCUACGCAGCAGGCGACGCCACCACUCUCGACUCCGCCACCGACGCCUCGGCAGGCCACGGCCCGGACCCGACCUGCGUCGAAGCCAUUCGCGAAAACGACGUCGUCAUCGCUCGCAUGCGCGAGCGUGUCCAGAUCAUCCGCGACGAGGUCGAGGGCAGAGGACACUCGUGGAACGAGUUCAAGAGUAAAGAAGAGGUUGAAGAGGAGGAGGCAGAGGCACGAGAAGGAGCGGUGGCAGCGGUGAAUCGGCGGGGUAUCACGAGCGAGUCGGUGGCCGGUGCGAACGGCGUCAACGGGAACGGGACUCCCGCGACCAACGGGCUUGGCGCCGCGGCCGCUGAGGAAAAUAGGAUUGCCACUGGACGUCAGGGCGUACUGGCGGCGACCAACGGUGGUGGCUCGUCGACUACUGCCGCGAGCUCGUCACACCCUGCUUGGAUGGACGGUACAUUCCAGAUGGGCACGAUACGCAACGGUGUGAUCACGAUGGAUGGUCCCCCGGCGCAAUCCACCCAAUCUACUCAGCAAGCAAACGGCACGGGUGGUCGCCUGACGGACGAAGAACUGCGGCGGGCCAUGGAGGAGCGGAUGAGAGGUCUCGGCGAUGACGACGAGGAUGGCGGAAUGCAUUUGUAA